AGCUUGAAGGAUUGACCCACGACCCGGUAUCUUUCUGACGCCCGGUUUUUCCAAAAAACCAGCUCAGUUUUGACCUCUUCUUCAGAAUCCAGCAAACUGUAAUCAGACUAAAGAGUAGAGAAGAAGAUCGAAUGGCUUCGUCUACAGCUCUCCGAGAGUUACAGCGGGACCUGGAGAACAAAGCCAACGAUCUCAGCAAACUUCAAAAAGAUAUUGCGAAGAAUCACCAAGUCCGCAAGAAGUACACGAUUCAGCUCGGCGAAAAUGAGCUCGUUCUCAAAGAAUUGGAAUUGUUGAACGAAGAUGCAAAUGUUUUCAAGUUGAUAGGACCGGUGCUAGUAAAGCAGGAUUUAGCAGAGGCCAGAGCCAAUGUCCGGAAGCGAAUUGAUUACAUCUCGGCUGAAUUGAAGCGUUUGGAUGCUACUCUUCAGGAUUUGGAAGACAAGCAAAAGAGCAAGCAAGAAACGGUUUUCAAAUUACAACAGAAAGUCCAGUCGUUCCAGGCUGGAAAGGGCAAGGCAUAAUAUGUUGAAGAAAGUUUUUUUGACGAGGGAGAAUAGAUCUGCCAGUCUCACUGAUACGCACCGCCUAUGUUCUCACUUGAUACAUAUAAAGCAUCAAUUAAUUGCUUAUCCUGCAUUAUCGAAUUCUACUGGAAAGUUCGAUGUUGCACAUCAUGGUUUCUGAAAGUUGAUUAAUAUUCCUUACUCCAGAGUAAUAGUUUUUUUCUUUAUGUGUCGCAUCUUCUUGAAUGGUUGUAUCAUAGGUUUUCAUUAUUUUUGAGAAGUGAUGUUUAGACGUUGCUUUUAUUCCUGGUGUUUGUGAGUGGUCCUACACACAUUAAUUCUGAAUAUCCCUUGUUUUUUCUGAAUAUGAUAUGCCAACACUCGAUUACAAUU